AAAAUCGCUAGACAGCCAUAUUAUGUAGAAGCAGACCGUGACUUUAGACAUCAAAUGUCUUCUAUUUAUCAGAUUUCGUUCUUGCGAUAUUAUGCUUCGCCGUAUCAUAUUCUCGUGUCGAUGAUAAGUGUGCACGGUUUGUAAGUGUCCGCGCGUCGUUUUUGCGUGCACGUUUCGUGCCAUAAACUAUUUUUCUUCAAUACCGCAAAUAUACAAAUCUACUUUUAAUUUAACUAGGAAAUCGCGUGUGAGUUAAUUUUGUCGCUAGCGCUGUUGGAUAACGCGCCGAAAAAAAAAGCAUGUUUCUCACUCGGAGGUUACGAGAAUCACGAUGAUUUAACAAUGAAAAUGACCGGGAUUUGUGCCGCGUGUAUUUCUAUAUAAAGGUGGAAGAGAGAGAAAGCUGAAGGGAGAGAGACGGGGAGAGAAAGACAGAGAAAGGAAGAGAGAUGUGUCGGUGGAUAAAUUACUACAAUUUGCUUAAUAGCUAAUAGACUCAAAAUUACUGGUAUGCUUUUACGAUUCGCUCAUGAUGUUCGUACAUGCGACGAUAUUGUCUCUCUUCUUCUUCGGAUUAUUAGGAACUAUAUUUGGAAAAGAUAUUAAAGGUUCAACUUAUUGUGAAUUUUACAAUGAAACAUCGUGCACAGAACCUGACAAAAAUUGUUCAGAGACAGAAGAAUGUACUGUGCAAGAUGGAGAUAAGCGUAAUCAUUGUUACGUACUAUGGACUGUCGACAGUGUUACUAAUAAAACAACACUUAAAUUGAAGGGUUGCUUUUUGGAUAGUAAUGAUUGUUAUGACAAGUCGCAAUGCAUAGAGAAUAAUCCUGAAAGAAAAAAUGAUUUAUAUUUUUGUUGUUGCGAUGUUGAUAUGUGUAACCGACAUUUUUCUUCAAAUGUAUAUCCAACUACAACCUCCAAACCUACACAACCACCUGUUAUUAAAGAGACUGACUGUAUAUCCAAUACCGAGAAGCAAGCAAUAACACUUACAUUAUUGAUAUUAAUUCCUAUGCUUCUUACAUUUGGUUCAUUGUCUUUGUGGUGGUUCUGUCGUCGUCAAAGAUUGAUGUAUUUUAAUGAGAUACCAACAUUGGAACCACUUCCAUUGCCACCACCAUCACCUAAUUUAGGUUUACGUCCGAUACAACUGCUUGAGAUAAAAGCUCGAGGUCGUUUUGGAGCAGUUUGGAAAGCUCAAUUGAAAAAUGAGAUUGUGGCAGUUAAAGUUUUCCCCAUUCAAGACAAACAGUCAUGGCAAACUGAACAAGAAAUUUUUAAGCUUGCACAUAUGGAUCAUGAGGAUAUAUUACAUUUUAUAGGUGUUGAAAAACGUGGAGACAAUUUACAAGCUGAGUUUUGGUUAAUCACAGCAUAUCAUGAGAAAGGUUCAUUAUGCGAUUACUUGAAAGCAAAUGUUGUAACAUGGCCUGAGAUGUGUAGAAUUGCAGAAUCCAUGGCAAGAGGUUUAAUGCAUCUACAUGAAGAAAUCCCGGCUAAUAAAGCGGAUGGUUAUAAGCCAGCUGUAGCUCAUAGGGAUUUUAAGUCAAAAAAUGUUUUGUUAAAGGCUGACAUGAGUGCCUGCAUAGCAGACUUUGGCUUGGCACUUAUUUUUCACCCAGGAAAACCUUGUGGCGAUACACAUGGACAGGUUGGGACACGAAGAUAUAUGGCACCAGAGGUUUUAGAAGGGGCAAUAAAUUUUACUAGAGAUUCAUUUUUACGGAUCGAUAUGUAUGCUUGUGGGCUAGUGCUAUGGGAAUUAGCUUCAAGAUGUACUGUACAAGAUGGACCAAUAGGAGAAUAUCGACUACCAUUUGAGGACGAAGUCGGCCUUCAUCCUACUUUAGAAGAUAUGCAAGAAAGCGUUGUUCAUAAAAAAGAAAGACCGCUCAUUUUAGAAACUUGGCGUAAACAUCCAGGACUUUUAUCAAUUUGUGAUACAAUGGAAGAAUGUUGGGAUCAUGAUGCCGAAGCACGCCUUUCCGCUUCGUGCGUAGUAGAACGAGUUGCUACUCUCAGUAGGACUCUUGUAUUAAAUUCAUCUACUUUGAUUCGAGUUGAUAACACCAACGAGAUUAUUACUACCAAGGAGUCUAGCAUGUAGUUAGCGCAUCUAUAUAUUAUAUAGUUUUAAUUCAAUGACACAACCACCAUGUUUUGUAUCAUAAUUUUGUUAUACGAUGGAUAAAUGGAAUAUCUGCAUA